AUGAAAAUAGUAGGUGUUUUUGGACAUCCAGAAUCCUUGUCCUAUAGGCCAUUGCUACCAAGUUGUGAAGAUUUAUCUAAAAACCAAGAAGUAAGAAAAAUGGUUGUGAAAGAGGGGAGCAGACCACCCUGGGUGGGUCUUGGCGCCGCUGUUUGGGUCCAAAUAGCUGCGGGAAAUGCCUACAACUUCCCGCUCUACUCCUCCGCCCUCAAAUCCGUCUUGUCCCUCAACCAGCAGCAGCUCACCAUCCUGGGAGUGGCCAAUGACGUCGGCGAGAAUGUGGGCAUCCUCCCUGGCAUUGCAUGCAACUUCCUCCCUCCUUGGUCCCUCCUCCUCAUUGGUGCUCUCCUCUGUUUCUUGGGCUAUGGCGCUCUCUUCCUUGCUCUCACCAGAACUCUCUCUACCUUCCCCUAUGUCCCCCUAUGCCUUGCUCUCUGUGUUGCCACCAACAGCAAUGCAUGGUUUGGAACUGCUGUUCUUGUUACCAACAUGAGGAACUUCCCUCUCUCCCGAGGCACCAUCUCCGGCAUCCUCAAGGGCUAUGUCGGGAUCAGCGCCGCAGUCUACACUCUCAUAUACACCUUGUUGCUCAAACACUCUGCAUCAAAUCUUGUGCUCUUUCUCGCACUUGGAGUUCCCAUUGCAUGCUUGAUCAUCAUGUACUUCAUUCGCCCCUGCACUCCUCCUUCUGGUGAAGACUCUUCUGUCCAUGUCCAUUUCCUCUUUGUUCAAGCCGCCAGUGUUUUACUUGCCACCUAUCUUGUUACAACCACAAUACUCUGCGACAUCUUUUCUAUCACUGGUGCUCUCUCUUACGUCCUAGCUGCUAUAAUGCUUCUGCUUCUCAUGACUCCCCUUGUAAUCCCUCUCAAGAUGACACUAUUCCCUUCCCAUCCUCUUCAUCUUGUUACCUCAAAUCAAACCGAUCCCUUGCUGGCACCAUCUUCCUCGGCUGCCAGUCUUGUUGACGAGGAUGCUUCGGAUAUUGAGACACUUCUUGCAGAGGGUGAGGGAGCUGUGACGGGUAACAAAAGGAGGCCCAAGAGGGGAGAAGACUUCAAGUUCAGAGAAGCCAUAGUCAAGGCUGAUUUCUGGCUUCUCUGGUUUGUUUACUUUUUUGGGGUUGGUUCAGGAGUAACGGUUCUCAACAAUCUCGCUCAGAUUGGAGUUGCUUUGGGAGCCGAUGACACAACCAUAUUGCUCUCACUCUUCAGCUUUUGCAACUUUCUGGGUCGUCUUGGUGCCGGUGCUGUUUCUGAACACUUUGUUAGGUCCAUAGCUCUGCCUCGAACAAUUUGGAUGACAUGCACACAAAUAAUAAUGAUUAUAGCAUUUUGCCUCUAUGCUUCAGCUCUUGACGGCACUCUCUAUGCAGCAACGGCUUUGCUUGGGGUAUGUUACGGGGUUCAGUACUCUAUAAUGGUUCCAACUGUGUCUGAGCUCUUUGGUCUCAAGAACUUUGGUAUUACAAGUAACUUCAUGAUGCUAGGGAAUCCAAUUGGUGCCAUUAUUUUCUCUGCUUUGCUUGCUGGCACUGUGUAUGAUGCAGAAGCUGCUAAGCAAGGAAGCUCAACAUGCUAUGGUGCAAAUUGCUUCAGGCUCACUUUUCUUAUUCUUGCUGGUGUUGUUGGACUUGGUACCAUCUUGAGUAUCAUUUUGAGUCUCAGAAUUCGCCCGGUCUAUAAAAUGCUCUAUGCUGAGGGUUCAUUUCGUCUCUCUCACACUUCAAGUCACUGAGGCUGCACAAU